GAGAUAGACUAGGAGAGGAAAAGAGACAAGGCCUUAAGUGACCAACAGAGAGCUGACCUAGAGGAUCAAAGUACCAAGACUCUUCAGGCUACGAUGUGGCUUUAAGAGGAGAGGGGGAUCAGGUGGUCGAUCUGCUGAGCACAGAAGAGCGAAGAGCAAUAAAGCAAGACAGUGAAGAGUCGUCAGUUUGGGGAUAAGGUUUCACAGACAAAUCCAAACCCCUGCCUCCUGGAGUCUUGAGGCAAUCACAAUAAAAGGAAAAAUGCCAUUUUUCUUCCACCUCAUUCUCUUCCUUCUCCCAAGCCCCGCCCUUUUAUCCCAAGAUGCCGCUCUUCUCUCUGUGUCUCAGCGUAUCACCAGGGACACCAAACCCCAGCCAAUUAAAGUGAUGAUUUCUGAGCCGUGCCUGCAGGGCAGUGAACCCUGUGAGCCCAGUGAGGCUAAAGGGAAAGAGGUGGAGCUGGAGCCAGGAGCUCCCCUGGUUCUGACUCACCGGAUCCGCCUAAUGCAGGGCUCUGGUGGCUGCGAAGCUGAUAUUGGUGCACUUCGGGCACGCAUCGAGAGGCUUGAGAAGGAGGUGUCUGAGCUGAGGGAGAAAUGUGGUGGGCCGGAGGGGGGCUGCUGCACCUCCCAGCAGAGUAAAGGAGCAGGCUGCACCACUGUGCGUCCACCAACAGAUGAGUGUCCAGAUGACUGCAGUGACCAGGGCCGCUGCGUGGAUGGGCAGUGUGAAUGUUUCCCAGGAUUUAGUGGGCCGGACUGCAGCAAGUCCAACUGCCCUGGCAACUGCAGCAACAAGGGAAAGUGUGUGAACGGUCAGUGUGUGUGUGACCCUGGUUUCACUGGUCCAGACUGCUCCCAGGGCGCAUGUCCCAAUAACUGCAACAACCACGGUCGCUGUGUGAACGGUCAGUGUGUAUGUGACCCCGGCUUCUCUGGUCCGACCUGCUCUGCUAAAGCUUGUCCCAAAAACUGCAGCAACCGUGGAAGGUGUGUAAACGGGAAGUGCGUGUGUGAUUUCGGUUUUACCGGUCCAGACUGCUCAGCUCGGACCUGUCCUGGAAACUGCAGCAACAGAGGCAGGUGUGUGAAUGGGAAGUGUGUGUGUGAAUCCGGCUUCACUGGUCUGGAUUGUUCUGAAAGGUCCUGCCCGAGGAACUGCAACAAAAAAGGCAGAUGUGUGAAUGGACAGUGUGUCUGCGAUGCCGGGUUUUCCGGUCCAGACUGCUCUGUCAAGACAUGUCCUGCAAGCUGUAAUGAGCGGGGAAGGUGUGUGAAUGGGAAGUGCAUCUGUGAAUCAGGAUUUGCUGGUCCCGACUGUUCCAAAAGGACCUGCCCCAAAAACUGCAACAACAGAGGCAGGUGUGUCAAUGGACAGUGUGUUUGUGAUGAAGGAUUCUCCGGUCCGGACUGUUCCAUUAAAACGUGCCCAGCCAACUGCAACAACAGAGGCAGGUGUGUCAAUGGACAGUGUGUUUGUGAUGAAGGAUUCUCCGGUCUGGACUGUUCCAUUAAAACGUGCCCAGCCAACUGCAACAACAGAGGCAGGUGUGUCAAUGGACAGUGUGUUUGUGAUGAAGGAUUCUCCGGUCCGGACUGUUCCAUUAAAACGUGCCCAGCCAACUGCAACAACAGAGGCAGGUGUGUCAAUGGACAGUGUGUUUGUGAUGAAGGAUUCUCCGGUCCGGACUGUUCCAUUAAAACGUGCCCAGCCAACUGCAACAACAGAGGCAGGUGUGUCAAUGGACAGUGUGUUUGUGAGGAAGGAUUCUCCGGUCCAGACUGUUCCAUUAAAACAUGUCCAGCCAAUUGCAACAAUCAUGGAAAGUGUGUGAAUGGCAAGUGUGUGUGUGACUCAGGUUUUGCUGGUCCGGAUUGUUCCACCAAAUCCUGCCCCAACGAUUGUAGUGACCGAGGCCAGUGUGUGGACGGCCAGUGUGUUUGUGAGGCAGGUUUCACUGGCCCAGACUGUUCUACCAAGUCCUGUCCCAACAACUGCAGCAAUAAAGGCAGAUGUGUGAACGGCAAGUGUGUAUGUGAUGUGGGAUUCACUGGACAGGACUGCUCCACCAAGUCCUGCCCCAACAACUGCAGCAACCGUGGCCGGUGUGUAAAGGGCAGAUGUGUUUGUCAGCGUGGAUUUGCCUUGCCAGACUGCAGCGAGUGCACAGCCUGGUUCACAGGACCUGACUGUGAAACGGCAAUGGCUGCUGUUUCCCAUCUUAGUUUAAGGGACAUCACUGAGUCUUCGGUCACUCUGUUCUGGACUCCACCUCCUGUGCAGUAUGAUACUUAUCACAUCACCUUCACCAGUAAGAAAGAGAGUGACCAGAAGAUCACAUCUAAAGUGAGUGGCACACUGACCACCUACACCCAGGUCGGCCUGGCUGCGGGACAGCAAUACACAGUGACCAUUGUCGGAGAGAAGGAUGGCAAGACAGGAGCGGAGAGCAUGGCAGAGUUCCAAACCUUGAUCUCCGGCCCCACAGACCUUGAAGUUGUGAAAAGAAGCACAACAUCUGUUAUUGUCCAAUGGGAGCAAGCACUGGGGGAGAUAGACCGAUACAUCCUCUUCAUAUCACCCAAUCAGACGGAUGGAUCAGGCAGGGGAAGUCAAGAGAUGAAGCUACCACCUGAGAGAGACUCUGCCCAAAUUGAUGGUCUGGAACCUGGUCGUUUGUAUGACAUCUCCCUGGUUGCAGAAAAGGAUGGUGCACGGAGCCUGCCAGCAACUGUGCAGGCAACUCCUGGAUUUCCCACGAUGACCAUGGAAACUGUGGCCACGCAGACAGCAUUGGAAAAUAGUGAUAGCAGUGAUAACAAGACUGAUGAAACAAGACCAGGAAGGACAGCUCUUUUCUUGAGAAACCAAGGACUGGGUGAAAAGGAACAGAAGAAGCCUCCUGGAGCUCAGGAUCCAGGAACCUUUGAGGAUAUCAGUACUCCCAGAGUAAAUAUGUCCACUCACCCAGGACAAAGUAGGCCAACAUCUAAAGUCAAGGAAAAUCGCUUCUUUAGACCUGGCAGCAGACCAGAUGCAAUGCGACGACCAAAUGGUGGGAUGAUCCCAUUCAAUCGCACAAAUAUAGUCAAAGGAGGGGGAAGAAUAGGUCCCUAUCCUUUGAAAAAGCCAACAGGACGGAAUCCAUUUCAGGGGAUAAGAGCAAAGAAACCAAGUGUAGAGCCUGGACUAAAGCGCCCCACUUCCAAAUACAGCAAAAUACCAAUGGCUGGGAAUGACACCAGUCAGUAUUCUCUCUUACAGUACCAGCCAAUCAUCAGCAGUGCCAAAAAAGUUGUAGAUUCAGCGAGGGUUCCAGAGCCUUUUCAGAAUGUCACUGACUCAAGUGAACAGCUGCUGGAACCAACAAUUACAACUGAAAGGAACCUCACGGCCCAUAUCAACGGGACAAAAUGUGUAAGAAAAGUCUUGGUAGGGCACAAGAAGAUACACUUUAAUGGAACAUCAAAUGGAAAAGGGAUAAAAAAUAUGACAGUCAUAGUUGGUCACAUCAAUGGAAAUGACAUCUUACAUAAAAUAAUCACAAGCAGGUCUGAGGGCUUUGCCAAUGAUGUUAUACCAUCAGCUGAAAAUGGAGCUAAGCUUCAAGGCGAAAGUGAACGAAAGCCAAUUACGGAUGUACAAAGACCAGAAAAGACAGACGUCCCAGGUGAAGUUUUGGAGGAAACUGGUGCAACAAGUGUAACUUUACAGUCAAAAAGCUAUAGACCAGUAACAUUUUCAGAGAACCUUAUGAGGUUAAGCACAGAAGAAGCAGAGGUUGGGAUAAUACCUCCACUCAGCUCUACAUAUUCCACAGCACAACCCUCACUUCCUCAGACUAUUGCUACUCCCCAGCCUGUUCUGUUGCCAUCUAAAACACAAACCAGACGCUCAAAUAAAACUCAGUUAUUAAUAGACAAACACCCUAUUAGAAGCUCCAUCAAGAUGCCUCCAUCAUCCAGAAGAUUUCCAACUAGACCAAAAACAUCUGGCUUGACCUCAGGAACAAAAAGUGGACCAAUUUCUUCUGAAACUCCUUCUAAGAUAUUUAAAGAAAGACAUUCAGUUAGAAACAGUCACUAUGCUCCAUCGUCUCAACAAUUACCACUGGAACAAGAAACCUCAGAAAGAGCAGCAAUAGCCUCCAGAGAAACUGAGCCUGAUGGACAAGGUUUGCUAGCUGAAUCUCUCCAAGGACACAUCUCUGCUUCUUCAUUAACCAAAUUACCAGUGACACAGAGCAGCAAAGGCACAAGAAGUGAAGGAGGCAUAUUUAACUCUGAGCAGAAAAAGGCAAAAAAUGGAACUAUACCACCAUUUCCACGAACACCACUAAGAGGUACACCCUCCCGCAAAACAAACAUUGGUCCAUUCCAAAACCGGACUAGGCCGAUUCUGAAGCCUCUUCGGCACACUUUCAGGAGUCUACUACCAGGAUCAACUCUGCCGAGAGUCCCAAACAGAGACAUCACUGUUAGUAGGCAACCUAUGCCUACUAACCAAGCAGAACGUAAAAUCAAGAGCAUCAGUCAUAAUGGCUUGAGUCCGAAACGUACACUACCAUUCACAUAUAAAAAUGGUCAAGUCAGCAGAUUUCCACCAAACCUUCACAGAAAAAUAAAGUCAAAUACCAGCAUUAUUCAUAAUGGCCCACAUGACAGUAAGCAUGAAACAAGAGACAAUGUUCGUUUCUCAUCACAAGAUGCAAGCCUAGAACCUCAAACUAAUCUUCCAGCAGACAAAGGUGCAAGCCAAGAACGUCAAACUGAUCUCCCAGUAGACAAAGAUGCAAGCCAAGAACCUCAAACUGAUCUCCCAGUAGACAAAGAUGCAAGCAAAGAAGCUAAAACUGAUCUCUCAGCAGACAAAGUCACUCUUACAACAGACAAGCCUGCAACUAAUGAUCCACUUCAAAAUGUUGCUAGAGAUUUACAAGAUAAAACUGAAGACAUCCUGCCUAAAAUCACAAACAUCACAGAUAAGCAAAAAACUUCUAAUGACCAAGUAAAACCUGCAACCAUUAGCAGCCGGCAAUACGGCUCAAAUGUUAACUUUAGACAAACUGUUGGAGUUGAAAAUAAAAGAGGACCUGUCUUUAGACGCCCACCAAAACAAACAGUAAUCAAGCCAAAGACUUCAAUUAUUCAUGGUGUCCCAAAAGAGAAUAAAGACUCCAAAACUGAGAAAGGCUCCAAAGCUGAUCUUUUAAUGGACAAAGAUACAAGAAAAGACUCUGAAAUUGGUCCCUCAACAGACAAACAUACAAGCAAAGAAUCUAAAAUUGGUGUCCCAGUAGACAAAGAAAAUAAAUAUUCCAAAGUUACUCAACACAUGACAGAAAUGCCUGCAGUCAGAACUAAGGAUACAUUUCAAGGUGUUGCCAGAUAUUCAGAGGAUAGAAUUGAUCAUGUCCUGCCUACAGUUACAAAACAAAACAUCAGAGCUACACAAAUGGUUCCUCAUGACCAAGUGAAACCUGAAACCAUCACCAGCAGCAAAAAUGGUUCAAAUCUCAACCUUAGACCAACAUCCACAGUUAGAGGGAAAAACAUCAGACUUCAACCAAAACAUACUCAACUGAAGCCAAAGGCUAUAAUUAUUCACGGUGAAUCAAAAGGCAGUAAAGGAUUGAAUGUUGAAAAAGGUUUCAAAGCUGGUCUUUUAGUGGACAGUAAUGCUAGAAAAGACCCUAAACUUGGUCUUUCACAAGACAAAGAUACCAGGGAAGAAUCCAAAGAUAUAAAGAACAAAGAAUCUGAGGUUGCUCUUCCAACAGACAAGACACCAGGCAAAUUUAAAGGAACCUUCUUAUUUUCUGAGGGUUCAGAUGAUGGCAUUGAUCAUGUUGGACUUCAGAAUUUAACAUCAAAAGGAUUUAUCAUAAUCUGGGGAGCACCAAAGGGACUGUUUCAAAACUUCAUAAUAAGUGUGAGCGAGCAUGGAAGAGGAACAGCAGGGCAGGCUGAGCAGGAAAAUAAGGAGGAACAGGACCACAAACAGGACGAGAGUGAUGAAGAGAAAGAAGUGGGUGAUGAUAGGAGCCAGGAAGAGGGAGAUGAGAGGAAAGAUGAAAAAAAGGGCAGCAUGAACAAAGAAAGAACAAACGUGCUUGCUGGUGGACCUGAUUCCUACACCGUGAGAAGGAACAGCAGUGAUGGUGGAGUUGUAAUGAAAUUCACCAAGGUGCUCCCUGGUUCUGCUCGCUCAUACCCAGUCACAGACCUUACCCCACAGACUGGCUACUCGGUGUCCCUUUAUGGAAAGGGUCCUGGAUUACGUUCCAAUAUUCACAACUUCAUCAUCAGUACAGGCCCUGAGCCUCCCUCUAACCUCGCCUUCAGUGAGGUGACUGAAAGCUCCCUCACCGUGUCCUGGACCAGACCCAAGAGCCAAGUGUCUGGGUUUAAAGUCACAUACACACAAAAACAGGAUGGAGAGCCUGUUUCUGUGACAGUGGACUCUACAGACUCGAGUCUGGCUCUUUCGAGGCUUUCUCCUGGCUCUUCUUACGAGGUCAGCGUGAUAUCCGUGCUUGGACUGGACGAGAGUGACUCAAUCAGUGACAUAGCGCUGACACUACCUGACCCUCCAACUGACCUCAGGGCCAUAAAUGUCACUGAUACGAAGGCCCUGUUGCUAUGGAGGCCAGCCCUGGCAACCGUCGACCAAUACGUCAUCGUCUACGGCUCUGAGGAAGUCCCUGGCUCUGAGUUGAAGAUCAAAGUGUCCGGUAACGCAGUGGAGCAGCAGCUUCAGGCUCUGCGAGCAUCUACAAAAUACACAGUCACCAUCGUCAGCCAGCUGGGAGACCGCAAGAGCUCAGGAACCACCACCAUCUUCACUUCCAGUGGAAGAGGGGAGGGGCCUCGCGACCUGACAGCCAGCCAGGUGACCCCACGGACAGCCGUGUUGUCAUGGAAACCACCUGCUUCAGCAGUGUCACGCUACAAGCUGACGUACUUCACAGAGGGCCGGGAGACUAAAGAAGUGAUCCUUGACCAUCACGUCACUGAGUACAAGCUGACCGGACUGCACCCCUCGUCCACCUACACAGCCCGACUGCAGGGCCAGAGAGGAGGAAUCUACAUGGCAGCCAUCUCAACAGAGUUCACCACAGGUUCCCUGCUGUUCCCAUUCCCCUCUGAUUGCUCUCAGCAGCUGCAGAACGGGAUGCGAGUGUCAGGUGUGAUGGAGCUUUUCCCAGGAGGAAAAGAGGGCAAACCGGUCAGAGUUUACUGCGAUAUGAAGACUGAUGGAGGAGGCUGGACGGUCUUCCAGAGAAGAAAAGAUGGGAAAACAGACUUCUUCAGGGGCUGGCACGAGUACAUUAAGGGCUUUGGAGAGCUGGAUGGAGAAUUUUGGCUUGGAAAUGAACUGCUCCACAAUCUGACCAAGCUGACCCCCAUGACUCUGAGAGUGGACCUGAGGUCAGGAGAUGAAUCUGUCUACGCGCUGUACUCCACUUUCUCGGUGGACUCGAUGAAAAGACGCUACACGAUCCGGGUGUCUGGCUAUUCGGGCACAGCAGGUGAUUCUAUGACGUACCACGACAGACGGCCGUUCUCCACGCGGGACCGUGACCCCCAGCCCUUCAUCACCCGCUGUGCCAUGUCCUACAGGGGUGGCUGGUGGUACAAGAACUGCCAUGAGGCCAACCUAAACGGCCUCUACAACACUCACACUAACCACCAGGGUGUCAUUUGGACCGCGUGGAAGGGGAAGGACUUCUCCAUUCCUUUCACUGAGAUGAAGUUCCGCCCAGCCUCGUUCGACCCUCGAACGCAAGGAUAGACAGAACGAGAGGAAAAGAGAAAAGAGGACAGCGGAGAAGAACAAGAUAUUCGGAAUUCACACACACGCAGAAUUCACACACACUCAUACAGAUAUGUACAGUACAAACAUACAGUCAUUAGUAAGCAUCGUGUAACCCACGGCAUCUUGGAAAUCUUGCCCCCCCCCCCCCCCCACUCCCACACACACACACACACACACACACACACGGUUCUCGCUGUGCAUAAAGGACAUUUAUCAGUAUAUUAUAUUGUACAGUUUUCUGGAUUCUCUGUAUGUAACGUCUCUCUGUACUCUGUGCAGUUGUGGUAUGUAUGAAUAUUAUGCACUGUCUCCCUCACUAUGAAGCUACACCACAACUGAGCACGUGUGCUCCAGAUAUAUAUAUAUGUAUAUGUAUAUGUAUAUAUAUAUAUAUAUAUCUGAAUGUACUCGACCUGUAUUUGAGCAUUCUGGUGUUUCUGUUAUGUUUCUGUUUGAGUUUUAUGUUCUCUGGCACCAGCAUGAGCAGGUCUAGGCCAGAAAAUAUGGUUAAAUCAUCCCCCAACUGGAGGCCUGGUGAUAUACAUACAGUACUGUGUGAAAGUUUUAGGCGUCUAAGCAAUUCUUUAAACAGGUGACCUCAGCAGUGAGUUUAUCACAAUACACAUUAGAAUAAAGUCGUAUUCAUAAUUCAA